GUCGGCACUCAACAAGGUGAAGUCUCAAACUGGAAAUACGCAAUACGAAAAUUUUAAAUAGGAAACACAGGAGACGGCAAGAUCAAUUUCAUUAUUAUUUAAGAAGAAAACAAACAAGAUGCUUAAUCGAUGGAUGAUGGCAACGUUCCUGAUUCUAACAGGUUUGAGGAAAACUAGUGGAUGGGAACCAAUGUCGAGCACAAUGGCAACGCCUGGUCAAACAAGAACUGCAGGGUCAAUUGCACUAACAACACUUACAGAAACAACAACUGUUGCCACAAAAACGGAAUCGACAACAACAGUGACAACACCUGCGGAAACAAUAACAACUGCGACGUCAACAGAACCUGAAACAAAGACAGUGACAACACCAGCAGAAACAACAACCGUGGUAUCCCCAACAGAAACUACAAAAACAGGAGUGACAACACCAGCAGAAAGAACAACCGUUGCCACAACAACAGAGUCUACAACAAGUGAGGCAACAACUGCAGUGACAACACCUGCGGAAACAAGAACAGUUGCCCCAACACCCGACCACGUGACAACAGUAGUGAUAUCACCUGCGGAAACAACAUCAAUUGCCAGUUCAACUUCAUCUACAACUGCAGUAACCACAGCAGUGACAACACCUGAAGGAACAUCAACAGAGGCCAGAACAUCAGAACAUGUGCCAGCUAAAGGGACCACACCAGCAGAAACAACAGCAGCUUCCGCAACAACUGUGGUAACCACAGCAGUGAAGACACCAGCAGAAACAAUAACAGUUUCCACAACAACAACAGAAUCUGCAACAGCCACAGCGAUAACACCAGUUGAAACAACAGCCAUUGCCACGACAACAGAAUCUAUAACGGCGGUAAUAUCAGAAGUGACGACACCAGCAGAUGAAACAACAACCGUAUCCACAACAGAAUCUGCAAUAACGGCAGUGACGACAUUGGAAGAAACAAUAGCUGUUGCCACAACAACAGAAUCUGCAACAACUGCAUUGACGACACGAGAAGAAACAACAGCCUUUGCCACAACAACGGAAUCUGAAACAACUGCAGUAACAACACCUUCAGAAACAACAAACCAUGCCACAACAACAGAAUCUGCAACAACUGCAAUGACGACACUAGUUGAAACAACAGCCAUUGCAACAACGACAGAAUCUGCAACCACUGCACUUACCACACCUUCCGAUUCAACAACCAUUGCCACAACAGCAGAAUCUCCAACAACAGCGGUAACAACAGAAGUGACAACACCAGCAGAGGAAACAACAACCACAUCGACAACAACAGAAUCUGCAACCACUGCACUUAUGAGACCUUCCGAUUCAACAACCAUUGCCACAACAGAAUCUGUAACAACGGUAGUGACCACACCAGUUGAAACAACAGCCAUUCCCACAAAAACAGAAUCUAUAACAACGGCGGUAACAACAGAAGUGAUGACACCAGCAGAAAAAACAACAACCGUAUCCACAACAGAAUCUCCAACAACUGCAGUGACGACAUCUUCAGAUUCAACAACCAUUGCCAUAACAACAGAAUCUGCAACGACGGCAGGGAUGACACCGGAAGAAACAACAGCCAUUGGCACAACAGCAGAAUCUCCAACAACUGCGGUAACAACAGAAGUGAUAACACCAGCAGAAGAAACAACAACCACAUCCACAACAACAGAAUCGGCUCCAACUGCGGUGAUGACACCUGUAGAAACAACAGCCACUUCCACAACAGAAUCUGCAACCACUGCACUUACGACACCUUCCGAUUCAACAACCAUUGCCACAACGGAAUAUGUAACAACGGUAGUGACCACACUUGCAGAAACAACAACAGAAUCUGCAACAAAUGCAGUGACAACACCAGUUGAAAAAACAGCCAUUGCCACAACAACAGAAUCUGCAACAACUGCAGGGAUGACACCGGAAGAAACAACAGCCAUUGCCACAACAGCAGAAUCUCCAACAACAGCGGUAACAACUCCUUCAGAAACAACAAACCAUGCCACAACAACAGAAUCUGCAACAACUACAGUGACGACACCUGCAGAACCAACAACCAUUGCCACAACAAGAGAAUCUGCAACCACUGCACUUACCACACCUGCAGAAACAACAACCUUUAUCACAACAACAGAAUCUACAACUACAGUGACAUCACCUUCAGAUUCAACAACCAUUGCCAUAACAACAGAAUCUGCAAUGACGGCAGGGAUGACACCGGAAGAAACAGCAGCCAUUGCCACGACAGCAGAAUCUCCAACUCUAGCGGUAACAACAGAAGUGACAACACCAGCAGAAGAAACAACAACCACAUCCACAACAACAGAAUCUGUAACAACUCUAGUCACGACACCUGCGGAAACAACAGUUGCCACAACUACAGAAUCUGCGGAAAAAACAACAGUUGCCACAACAUCAGAAUCUACAACAACUGAAGGAACAACGGCCAUUGCCAUAACAACAGAAUCUCAACCAACGGCAGUCACGACAUCGGUUGCCACAACAACAGAAUCUGCAAAAACUACAGUGACGAUAUCUGUAGAAACAGCCACUGACACAACUACAGAAUCCGCAGAAAAAACAACAGUUACCACAACAUCAGAAUCUACAACUGCAGGAACAACACUUUCAGAAACAACAAACCAUGCCACAACAACAGAAUCUGCAACAACUGCAUUGACGACACGAGAAGAAACAACAGCCUUUGCCACAACAACAGAAUCUAAAACAACUGCAGUAACAACUCCUUCAGAAACAACAAACCAUGCCACAACAACAGAAUCUGCAACAACUGCAAUGACAACACCAGUUGAAACAACAGCCAUUGCAACAACGACAGAAUCUGCAACCACUGCACUUACCACACCUGCAGAAACAACAACCAUUAUCACAACAACAGAAUCUACAACUACAGUGACAAUACCUUCCAACUCAACAACCAUUGCAAUAACAACAGAAUCUGCAACAACGGCAGGGAUGACACCGGAAGAAACAACAGCCAUUGCCACAACAGCAGAAUCUCCAACAACAGCGGUAACAACAGAAGUGAUAACACCAGCAGAAGAAACAACAACCACAUCCACAACAACAGAUUCUGCUUCAACGGCGAUGACGACACCUGUAGAAACAACAGCCACUGCCACAACAGAAUCUGCAACCGCUGCGGUGAUGACACCUGUAGAAACAACAGCCACUUCCACAACAGAAUCUGCAACCACUGCACUUACGACACCUUCCGAUUCAACAACCAUUGCCACAACGGAAUAUGUAACAACGGUAGUGACCACACUUGCAGAAACAACAACAGAAUCUGCAACAAAUGCAGUGACAACACCAGUUGAAAAAACAGCCAUUGCCAUAACAACAGAAUCUGCAACAACGGCAGGGAUGACACCGGAAGAAACAACAGCCAUUGCCACAACAGCAGAAUCUCCAACAACAGCGGUAACAACAGAAGUGAUAACACCAGCAGAAGAAACAACAACCACAUCCACAACAACAGAUUCUGCUUCAACGGCGAUGACGACACCUGUAGAAACAACAGCCACUGCCACAACAGAAUCUGCAAUCACUGCACUUACGACACCUUCCGAUUCAACAACCAUUGCCACAACAGUAGUGACUACACCUGCAGAAACAACAACAGUUUUGACAGCAAUAACAGAAUCUGCAACAAAUGCAGUGACAAGAGCCAUUGCCACAACAACAGAAUCUAUAACAACGGCGGUAACAACAGAAGUGACGACACCUGCAGAAGAAACAACAACCAUAUCCACAACAAAAUCUCCAACAACGGCAGUGACAACAUCGGAAGAAACAAUAGCUGUUGCCACAAUAAUAGAAUCUACAACAACAGCAACAAGUGCAGUGACGACACCUUCAGAUUCAACAACCAUUGCCCCAACAACAGAAUCUGCAACGACGGCAGGGAUGACACCGGAAGAAACAACAGCCAUUGGCACAACAGCAGAAUCUCCAACAACUGCGGUAACAACAGAAGUGAUAACACCAGCAGAAGAAACAACAACCACAUCCACAACAACAGAUUCUGCUUCAACGGCGAUGACGACACCUGUAGAAACAACAGCCACUGCCACAACAGAAUCUGCAAUCACUGCACUUACGACACCUUCCGAUUCAACAACCAUUGCCACAACAGUAGUGCCUACACCUGCAGAAACAACAACAGUUUUGACAGCAAUAACAGAAUCUGCAACAAAUGCAGUGACAACAGCCAUUGCCACAACAACAGAAUCUAUAACAACGGCGGUAACAACAGAAGUGACGACACCUGCAGAAGAAACAACAACCAUAUCCACAACAAAAUCUCCAACAACGGCAGUGACAACAUCGGAAGAAACAAUAGCUGUUGCCACAAUAAUAGAAUCUACAACAACAGCAACAAGUGCAGUGACGACACCUUCAGAUUCAACAACCAUUGCCCCAACAACAGAAUCUGCAACGACGGCAGGGAUGACACCGGAAGAAACAACAGCCAUUGGCACAACAGCAGAAUCUCCAACAACUGCGGUAACAACAGAAGUGAUAACACCAGCAGAAGAAACAACAACCACAUCCACAACAACAGAUUCUGCUUCAACGGCGAUGACGACACCUGUAGAAACAACAGCCACUGCCACAACAGAAUCUGCAAUCACUGCACUUACGACACCUUCCGAUUCAACAACCAUUGCCACAACAGUAGUGCCUACACCUGCAGAAACAACAACAGUUUUGACAGCAAUAACAGAAUCUGCAACAAAUGCAGUGACAACAGCCAUUGCCACAACAACAGAAUCUAUAACAACGGCGGUAACAACAGAAGUGACGACACCUGCAGAAGAAACAACAACCAUAUCCACAACAAAAUCUCCAACAACGGCAGUGACAACAUCGGAAGAAACAAUAGCUGUUGCCACAAUAAUAGAAUCUACAACAACAGCAACAAGUGCAGUGACGACACCUUCAGAUUCAACAACCAUUGCCCCAACAACAGAAUCUGUUACAACUGCAUUGACGACACGGGAAGAAACAACAGCCUUUGCCACAACAGAAUCUGAAACAACUGGAGUAACAACACCUUCAGAAACAACAAACCAUGCCACAACAACAGAAUCUGCAACAACUGCAAUGACAACACCAGUUGAAACAACAGCCAUUGCAACGACAGAAUCUGCAACCACUGCACUUACCACACCUGCAGAAACAACAACCAUUAUUACAACAACAGAAUCUACAACUACAGUGACAACACCUUCCAACUCAACAGCCAUUGCCAUAACAAAAGAAUCUGCAACGACGGCAGGGAUGACACCGGAAGAAACAACAGCCAUUGCCACAACAGCAGAAUCUCCAACAACAGCGGUAACAACAGAAGUGAUAACACCAGCAGAAGAAACAACAACCACAUCCACAACAACAGAUUCUGCUUCAACGGCGAUGACGACACCUGUAGAAACAACAGCCACUGCCACAACAGAAUCUGCAACCGCUGCGGUGAUGACACCUGUAGAAACAACAGCCACUUCCACAACAGAAUCUGCAACCACUGCACUUACGACACCUUCCGAUUCAACAACCAUUGCCACAACGGAAUAUGUAACAACGGUAGUGACCACACUUGCAGAAACAACAACAGAAUCUGCAACAAAUGCAGUGACAACACCAGUUGAAAAAACAGCCAUUGCCAUAACAACAGAAUCUGCAACAACGGCAGGGAUGACACCGGAAGAAACAACAGCCAUUGCCACAACAGCAGAAUCUCCAACAACAGCGGUAACAACAGAAGUGAUAACACCAGCAGAAGAAACAACAACCACAUCCACAACAACAGAUUCUGCUUCAACGGCGAUGACGACACCUGUAGAAACAACAGCCACUGCCACAACAGAAUCUGCAAUCACUGCACUUACGACACCUUCCGAUUCAACAACCAUUGCCACAACAGUAGUGACUACACCUGCAGAAACAACAACAGUUUUGACAGCAAUAACAGAAUCUGCAACAAAUGCAGUGACAAGAGCCAUUGCCACAACAACAGAAUCUAUAACAACGGCGGUAACAACAGAAGUGACGACACCUGCAGAAGAAACAACAACCAUAUCCACAACAAAAUCUCCAACAACGGCAGUGACAACAUCGGAAGAAACAAUAGCUGUUGCCACAAUAAUAGAAUCUACAACAACAGCAACAAGUGCAGUGACGACACCUUCAGAUUCAACAACCAUUGCCCCAACAACAGAAUCUGCAACGACGGCAGGGAUGACACCGGAAGAAACAACAGCCAUUGGCACAACAGCAGAAUCUCCAACAACUGCGGUAACAACAGAAGUGAUAACACCAGCAGAAGAAACAACAACCACAUCCACAACAACAGAUUCUGCUUCAACGGCGAUGACGACACCUGUAGAAACAACAGCCACUGCCACAACAGAAUCUGCAAUCACUGCACUUACGACACCUUCCGAUUCAACAACCAUUGCCACAACAGUAGUGACUACACCUGCAGAAACAACAACAGUUUUGACAGCAAUAACAGAAUCUGCAACAAAUGCAGUGACAACAGCCAUUGCCACAACAACAGAAUCUAUAACAACGGCGGUAACAACAGAAGUGACGACACCUGCAGAAGAAACAACAACCAUAUCCACAACAAAAUCUCCAACAACGGCAGUGACAACAUCGGAAGAAACAAUAGCUGUUGCCACAAUAAUAGAAUCUACAACAACAGUAACAAGUGCAGUGACGACACCUUCAGAUUCAACAACCAUUGCCCCAACAACAGAAUCUGUUACAACUGCAUUGACGACACGGGAAGAAACAACAGCCUUUGCCACAACAGAAUCUGAAACAACUGGAGUAACAACACCUUCAGAAACAACAAACCAUGCCACAACAACAGAAUCUGCAACAACUGCAAUGACAACACCAGUUGAAACAACAGCCAUUGCAACGACAGAAUCUGCAACCACUGCACUUACCACACCUGCAGAAACAACAACCAUUUUUACAACAACAGAAUCUACAACUACAGUGACAACACCUUCCAACUCAACAGCCAUUGCCAUAACAAAAGAAUCUGCAACGACGGCAGGGAUGACACCGGAAGAAACAACAGCCAUUGCCACAACAGCAGAAUCUCCAACAACUGCGGUAACAACAGAAGUGAUAACACCAGCAGAAGAAACAACAACCACAUCCACAACAACAGAUUCUGCUUCAACGGCGGUGACAACACCUGUAGAAACAACAGCCACUGCCACAACAGAAUCUGCAACCACUGCACUUACGACACCUUCCGAUUCAACAACCAUUGCCACAACAGUAGUGACUACACCUGCAGAAACAACAACAGUUUUGACAGCAAUAACAGAAUCUGCAACAAAUGCAGUGACAACGGCCCUUGCCACAACAACAGAAUCUAUAACAACAGCGGUAACAACAGAAGUGACGACACCAGCAGAAGAAACAACAACCGUAUCCACAACAGAUUCUCCAACAACGGCAGUGACAACAUCGGAAGAAACAAUAGCUGUUGCCACAAUAAUAGAAUCUACAACAACAGUAACAAGUGCAGUGACGACACCUUUGGAUUCAACAACCAUUGCCCCAACAACAGAAUCUGUUACAACUGCAUUGACGACACGGGAAGAAACAACAGCCUUUGCCACAACAGAAUCUGAAACAACUGCAGUAAUGACACCUUCAGAAACAACAAACCAUGCCACAACAACAGAAUCUGCAACAACUGCAUUGACGACACAAGAAGAAACAACAGCCUUUGCCACAACAACAGAAUCUAAAACAACUGCAGUAACAACUCCUUCAGAAACAACAAACCAUGCCACAACAACAGAAUCUGCAACAACUGCAAUGACAACACCAGUUGAAACAACAGCCAUUGCAACAACGACAGAAUCUGCAACCACUGCACUUAACACACCUGCAGAAACAACAACCAUUAUCACAACAACAAAAUCUACAACUACAGUGACAACACCUUCCAACUCAACAACCAUUGCCAUAACAACAGAAUCUGCAACGACGGCAGGGAUGACACCGGAAGAAACAACAGCCAUUGCCACAACAGCAGAAUCUCCAACAACAGAAGUGAUAACACCAGCAGAAGAAACAACAACCACAUCCACAACAACAGAUUCUGCUUCAACAGCGGUGACGACACCUGUAGAAACAACAGCCACUGCCACAACAGAAUCUGCAAUCACUGCACUUACGACACCUUCCGAUUCAACAACCAUUGCCACAACAGUAGUGACUACACCUGCAGAAACAACAACAGUUUUGACAGCAAUAACAGAAUCUGCAACAAAUGCAGUGACAACAGCCAUUGCCACAACAACAGAAUCUAUAACAACGGCGGUAACAACAGAAGUGACGACACCUGCAGAAGAAACAACAACCGUAUCCACAACAGAAUCUCCAAAAACGGCAGUGACAACAUCGGAAGAAACAAUAGCUGUUGCCACAAUAAUAGAAUCUACAACAACAGUAACAAGUGUAGAGACGACACCUUCAGAUUCAACAACCAUUGCCCCAACAACAGAAUCUGUUACAACUGCAUUGACGACACGGGAAGAAACAACAGCCUUCGCCACAACAGAAUCUGAAACAACUGCAGUAACAACAGGUUCAGAAACAACAAGCCAUGCCACAACAACAGAAUCUGCAACAACUGCAAUGACGACACCAGUUGAAACAACAGCCAUUGCAACAACGACAGAAUCUGCAACCACUGCACUUAACACACCUGCAGAAACAACAACCAUUAUCACAACAACAGAAUCUACAGAAUCCGCUGAAAAAACAACAGUUGCCACAACAUCAGAAUCUACAACAACUGCAGGAACAACGGCAGUGACGACACCUGCUGAAACAACAGCUGUUGCCACAAUAACAGCAUCUGCAACAACUCCAGUCACGAUAUCUGCGGAAACAACAGUCGCCACAACCACAGAAUCUAAAACAACUGCAGUGACGACAUCAGGAGAAGCAACAGUUCCCACAACAGAGUCUGCAACAACUACCACGACAAAACUUAUAGAAACAAUAGCCGUUGCCAUAACAACAGAAUCUGAACCAACACCUGCCAAAACAACAACAGUUGUCACAACACUAGAAUCUGCAACAACUGCAGUGACAACACCGGUAGACACAACAACAGAAUCUACGACAUUGACAGUCACGCCACAUGUGGAAACAACAGUCGUUACCACAAAAACACAAUUUGCGGACAAAACAACAGGGGAAACAACAACAGAAUCUACAAAUGCAGUGACAGCACCAGUAGAAACAACAAAUGUUGCCAUGACAACAGAAUCAACAACAACGGCAGUCAUGACACAUGCGGAAACAACAACAGUUGCCACAACAACAGAAUCUGUAACAACUGCAGUGACAACAUCUGCUGAAACAAUAGGUGCUACAACAACAGAUUCUACAACAACUGUGGUAACAACGGCUGUGACAACACCUGCAGAAAAAACUACUGUAGCCCCAACAACAGAAUCUACAACAACAGCAGGAACAACGGCAGUACCGACACCUGCUGAAACAACAGCUAUUGCCACAACAACAGAAUCUGUAAAAACUCCUUUUACAAUACCUGCAGAAAUAACCACUCCCACAACAGAGUCUGCAACAACUGCUGUGACAACACUGGUAGAAACAACAGCCGUUGCCAUAACAACAGAAUCUGAACCAACGGCAGUCACGACACCUGCAGAAACAACAGUUGCCACAACAUCAGAAUCUGCAGGAACUACGGCAGUGACGACACCUGCUGAAACAACAGCUGUUGCCACAACAACAGAAUCUGCAACAACUUCAGUCACGAUACCUGCGGAAACAACAACAGUUGCCACAACUACAGAAUCUGCAAUAACUGCAGUGACAACAUCAGCAGAAGCAAUAGUUCCCACAACAACAGAGUCUGCAACAAUUGCCGUGACAACACUGGUAGAUACAACAGCCGUUGCCAUAACAACAGAAUCUGUAACAACUGCAGCAACGACAUCUGCAGAAACAACAACAGUGGCUUCAACAACAGAUUCAACAACAAAUGCGGCAACGUCAGUGACAUUACCUGCAGAAAUAACUACUGUAUUCACGACAACAGAAACUGCAACUGCAGUGACGAAACCAGAAGAAACAUCAACCAUUAUCACAACAGGAUCUGCGACAACUGCAGAAACAAUAACCUUAGGAACAACGACAGAAUCUGCAACAACUCUAGUCACGACACCUGCAGAAACAACAAUUGCCACAACUACAGAAUCUGCGGUAAAAACAACAGUUGCCACAACAACAGAAUCUGCAACAACUGCAGUGAUGACAUCUGCUGAAAAAACUACUGUAGCCCCAACAACAGAAUCUACAACAACUGCAGGAACAACGGCAGUGACAACAGCUGCUGAAACAACAGCUAUUGCCAUUGCCACAACAACAGAGUCUGCAACAACUUCUGUGACAACACUGGUAGAAACAACAGCCGUUGCCAUAAUAACAGAAUCUGAACCAACGGCAGUCACGACACCUGCAGAAACAACAGUUGCCACAACAUCAGAAUCUACAACAACUGCAGGAACUACGGCAGUGACGACACCUGCUGAAACAACAGCUGUUGCCACAACAACAGAAUCUGCAACAACUUCAGUCACGAUACCUGCGGAAACAACAACAGUUGCCACAACUACAGAAUCUGCAAUAACUGCAGUGACAACAUCAGUAGAAGCAAUAGUUCCCACAACAACAGAGUCUGCAACAACUGCUGUGACAACACUGGUAGAAACAACAGCCGUUGCCACAACAACAGGAUCUGCGACAACUGCAGAAACAACAACCUUAGUAACAACAACAGAAUCUACAAAAACAGCAGUCACAACUGAAACAACUGCCGUGACAACACUGGUGGAAACAACAGCCCUUUCCAUAACAACAGAAUCUGAACCAAAGACAGUCACGACACCUGCAGAAACAACAACAGUUAACACAUCAACAGAUUCUACAACAAAUGCGGCAACAACGUUAGUGACAAUACCUGCAGAAACAGCUACUGUAGCUACAACAGAUUCGGCAAAAACUCCAGUGACGACACCAGUAGAAACAACAACCGUUGCCACAAUAACAGAAUCUACAAUAAAUGCGGUGACAACAUUGGUAGAAACAACAGCCAUUGCCACAACAACAGAAUCUAGAACAACUCCGGUAACAACGGCAGUGAUCACACCUGCGGAAACAACGACUGCCACAACAGCAGAAUUGACAAGAACUGCAGCAACAACUGUAGUGAUGACACCUGCAAAAUCAAUAACGGUUGUCCAAACAGAAUCUGCAACAACGGCAGUGACAACACAUGCAGAACCAACAACCAUUGCCACAACAAGAGAAUCUGCUACAACAACUAAACGAGUUACUUUCAGAUCUCUACAAAGCACAUUUACAAAUGAUUUGAUGGAUCAAACCUCUGCGGCUCACCAAAACAGAGCAGCAAUGAUCAAGACAGAACUUACACCUAUAUUCUCUGCAGCAUUUCCUUCCUCCUUCAUCAUCCUUAUCAUCAUCAAAUUCAGGAGCGGCUCAGUCGUAAAUGUCAUGGACCUUGAGUUAACGGCCACAUCUACACCAAGUAACACCGAAAUUGCGGAUGUCUUGUCUGAAGCGGCUUUAAAAGUCAGUGGCUUUGACAUUGAAACCAGCUCCAUCGCUGUUGAUGGGACAGCCAUAGACGUGUUGACGACACAAUCUGCUGCAACGGCAACCCCUGUUCUGACAACAACAGAUGAAACCGAUAAAACAACUGCCAUAGCCACAACAAGAGGAUCAACAACAGCUCAUACAACUGAAGACAUGUCAGCUCCAACAACAUCUGCAGCCUCAAGUGCAACAGUAACAACUGCUCAGGCAACAACUGCAGUGACAACCCCUGCUGAAACAACAGCUGUAGCCACACCAGCAGACUUGACAACGCUUGCUGAAACAAUGGCAGGAACAUCAGCUGGCACAACAGCAUCAGUAUUGAUGUCAUCUGUAGUAACUAGUGAAACAGCAAUACCUACUGUGGUGUCAACUGGGGCAACUGCUGAAACAACAGUUGUAGAAACAACUGGCAAGUCUGAAACGACAGUUCAGAGAACUGUAGAAACAUCGGCUCACACAUCAACAGUUGUAGAAGCAACAAGUGAAAAGGCAACCACUGCUCAGGCAACAACUGCAGUGACAAUCCCUGCUGAAACUACAUUUGGAGCCACAACCCCAGAAUCAGAAACAGUUCACAUAACUGCAGAAACGUCAGCUCCAACAACAUUUGUAGCAUCAACAGCAACAACUGCUCAGGCAACAACUGCAGUGACAACCCCUGCUGAAGCAACAGCUAUAGCCACAGCAGAAGACUCUACAACGCUUGCUGAAACAACUGCAGGAAUAUCAGCUGGCACAACAACAUCAAUAUUGCCGUCAUCUGCAGCAACUAGUGAAACAGAAACACCAACUGUGGUGUCAAAUGGGGCAACAACUGCUGAAACGACAGUUGUAGACACCACUGCAGAAUCAGAAACAGCAGUUGAGACAACUGUUGUAACAUCUGCUCCAACAACAACAGCAGUGCUGGCAACAUCUGCCACGACACGUGCGUCGGCGACCACUGCUGAGGUAACAACUGCAGAGAUAACCCCUGCUGAGAAAACAACUGUAGCCACAACUGCAGAAUCAGAAACAACAGCUCAGAAAACUGUAGAAACGCCAGCUCCCACGACAUCUGCAGCAUCAAGUGCAAAAGCAACAACUGCUCAAGAAGCAACUGCAGUGACAACCCCUGCUGAAGCAACAGCUGUAGCCACAGCAGAAGACUCUACAACUCUAGCUGAAACAACUGCAGGAAUAUCAGCUGGCACAACUACAUCAAUAUUGGAGUCAUCUGCAGCACCGAGUGAAACAGCAACACCUGCUGAGGCAUCAACUGGUGCAAUGACAGUUGUAGAAACAACUGCCAAGUCUGAAACGACAGUCCAGACAACUGUAGCAACAUCGGCUCCCACAUCAUCAGUUGUAGAAGCAACAAGUGCAAAGGCAACCACUGCUCAGGCAACAACUGCAGUGACAAUCCCUGCUGAAACCACAUUUGUAGACACAACCCCAGAAUCAGAAACAGUUCACAUAACUGUAGAAACGUCAGCUCCAACAGCAUUUGUAGCAUCAACAGCAACACUUGCUCAGGCAACUGCAGUGAGAACAUCGGCUCCCACAUCAUCAGUUGUAGAAGCAACAAGUGCAAAGGCAACCACUGCUCAGGCAACAACUGCAGUGACAAUCCCUGCUGAAACCACAUUUGUAGACACAACCCCAGAAUCAGAAACAGUUCACAUAACUGUAGAAACGUCAGCUCCAACAGCAUUUGUAGCAUCAACAGCAACACUUGCUCAGGCAACUGCAGUGACAACCCCUGCUGAAGCAACAGCUGCAGCCACAGCAGAAGCCUCUACAAAUCUUGCUGAAACAACUGCAGGAAUAUCAGCUGGCACAACAACAUCAAUAUUGGAGUCAUCUGCAGCAACGAGUGAAACAGCAACACCUGUUGUGGCAUCAACUGGUGCAACUGCUGAAACGACAGUUGUAGAAACAACUGCCAAGUCUGAAACGACAGUUCAGACAACUGUAGAAACAUUGGCUCCCACAUCACCAGUUGUAGAAGCAACAAGUGCAAAGGCAACUACUGCUCAGGCAACAACAGCAGUGACAGUCCCUGCUGAAGCAACAGCUGUAGCCACAGCAGAAGACUCUACAACUCUUGCUGAAACAACUGCAGGAAUAUCAGCUGGCACAACAACAUCAAUAUUGCCGUCAUCUGCAGCAACUAGUGAAACAGAAACACCAACUGUGGUGUCAAAUGGGGCAACAACUGCUGAAACGACAGUUGUAGACACCACUGCAGAAUCAGAAACAGCAGUUGAGACAACUGUUGUAACAUCUGCUCCAACAACAACAGCAGUGCUGGCAACAUCUGCCACGACACGUGCGUCGGCGACCACUGCUGAGGUAACAACUGCAGAGAUAACCCCUGCUGAGAAAACAACUGUAGCCACAACUGCAGAAUCAGAAACAACAGCUCAGAAAACUGUAGAAACGCCAGCUCCCACGACAUCUGCAGCAUCAAGUGCAAAAGCAACAACUGCUCAAGAAGCAACUGCAGUGACAACCCCUGCUGAAGCAACAGCUGUAGCCACAGCAGAAGACUCUACAACUCUAGCUGAAACAACUGCAGGAAUAUCAGCUGGCACAACAACAUCAAUAUUGGAAUCAUCUGCAGCAACGAGUGAAACAGCAACACCUGCUGAGGCAUCAACUGGUGCAAUGACAGUUGUAGAAACAACUGCCAAGUCUGAAACAACAGUUCAGACAACUGUAGCAACAUCGGCUCCCACAUCAUCAGUUGUAGAAGCAACAAGUGCAAAGGCAACCACUGCUCAGGCAACAACUGCAGUGACAAUCCCUGCUGAAACCACAUUUGUAGACACAACCCCAGAAUCAGAAACAGUUCACAUAACUGUAGAAACGUCAGCUCCAACAGCAUUUGUAGCAUCAACAGCAACACUUGCUCAGGCAACUGCAGUGACAACCCCUGCUGAAGCAACAGCUGCAGCCACAGCAGAAGCCUCUACAAAUCUUGCUGAAACAACUGCAGGAAUAUCAGCUGGCACAACAACAUCAAUAUUGGAGUCAUCUGCAGCAACGAGUGAAACAGCAACACCUGUUGUGGCAUCAACUGGUGCAACUGCUGAAACGACAGUUGUAGAAACAACUGCCAAGUCUGAAACGACAGUUCAGACAACUGUAGAAACAUUGGCUCCCACAUCACCAGUUGUAGAAGCAACAAGUGCAAAGGCAACUACUGCUCAGGCAACAACAGCAGUGACAGUCCCUGCCGAAGCAACAGCUGUAGCCACAGCAGAAGACUCUACAACUCUUGCUGAAACAACUGCAGGAAUAUCAGCUGGCACAACAACAUCAAUAUUGCCGUCAUCUGCAGCAACUAGUGAAACAGAAACACCAACUGUGGUGUCAAAUGGGGCAACAACUGCUGAAACGACAGUUGUAGACACCACUGCAGAAUCAGAAACAGCAGUUGAGACAACUGUUGUAACAUCUGCUCCAACAACAACAGCAGUGCUGGCAACAUCUGCCACGACACGUGCGUCGGCGACCACUGCUGAGGUAACAACUGCAGAGAUAACCCCUGCUGAGAAAACAACUGUAGCCACAACUGCAGAAUCAGAAACAACAGCUCAGAAAACUGUAGAAACGCCAGCUCCCACGACAUCUGCAGCAUCAAGUGCAAAAGCAACAACUGCUCAAGAAGCAACUGCAGUGACAACCCCUGCUGAAGCAACAGCUGUAGCCACAGCAGAAGACUCUACAACUCUAGCUGAAACAACUGCAGGAAUAUCAGCUGGCACAACUACAUCAAUAUUGGAGUCAUCUGCAGCACCGAGUGAAACAGCAACACCUGCUGAGGCAUCAACUGGUGCAAUGACAGUUGUAGAAACAACUGCCAAGUCUGAAACGACAGUCCAGACAACUGUAGCAACAUCGGCUCCCACAUCAUCAGUUGUAGAAGCAACAAGUGCAAAGGCAACCACUGCUCAGGCAACAACUGCAGUGACAAUCCCUGCUGAAACCACAUUUGUAGACACAACCCCAGAAUCAGAAACAGUUCACAUAACUGUAGAAACGUCAGCUCCAACAGCAUUUGUAGCAUCAACAGCAACAACUGCUCAGGCAACUGCAGUGACAACCCCUGCUGAAGCAACAGCUGCAGCCACAGCAGAAGCCUCUACAAAUCUUGCUGAAACAACUGCAGGAAUAUCAGCUGGCACAACAACAUCAAUAUUGGAGUCAUCUGAAGCAACGAGUGAAACAGCAACACCUGCUGUGGCAUCAACUGGUGCAACUGCUGAAACGACAGUUGUAGAAACAACUGCCAAGUCUGAAACGACAGUUCAGACAACUGUAGAAACAUUGGCUCCCACAUCACCAGUUGUAGAAGCAACAAGUGCAAAGGCAACCACUGCUCAGGCAACAACUGCAGUGACAAUCCCUGCUGAAACCACAUUUGGAGCCACAACCCCAGAAUCAGAAACAGUCCACAUAACUGUAGAAACGUCAGCUCCAACAACAUUUGUAGCAUCAACAGCAACAACUGCUCAGGCAACAACUGCAGUGACAACCCCUGCUGAAGCAACAGCUGCAGCCACAGCAGAAGCCUCUACAAAUCUUGCUGAAACAACUGCAGGAAUAUCAGCUGGCACAACAACAUCAAUAUUGGAGUCAUCUGAAGCAACGAGUGAAACAGCAACACCUGCUGUGGCAUCAACUGGUGCAACUGCUGAAACGACAGUUGUAGAAACAACUGCCAAGUCUGAAACGACAGUUCAGACAACUGUAGAAACAUCGGCUCCCACAUCACCAGUUGUAGAAGCAACAAGUGCAAAGGCAACCACUGCUCAGGCAACAACUGCAGUGACAAUCCCUGCUGAAACCACAUUUGGAGCCACAACCCCAGAAUCAGAAACAGUCCACAUAACUGUAGAAACGUCAGCUCCAACAGCAUUUGUAGCAUCAACAGCAACACUUGCUCAGGCAACUGCAGUGAGAACAUCGGCUCCCACAUCAUCAGUUGUAGAAGCAACAAGUGCAAAGGCAACCACUGCUCAGGCAACAACUGCAGUGACAAUCCCUGCUGAAACCACAUUUGUAGACACAACCCCAGAAUCAGAAACAGUUCACAUAACUGUAGAAACGUCAGCUCCAACAGCAUUUGUAGCAUCAACAGCAACACUUGCUCAGGCAACUGCAGUGACAACCCCUGCUGAAGCAACAGCUGCAGCCACAGCAGAAGCCUCUACAAAUCUUGCUGAAACAACUGCAGGAAUAUCAGCUGGCACAACAACAUCAAUAUUGGAGUCAUCUGCAGCAACGAGUGAAACAGCAACACCUGUUGUGGCAUCAACUGGUGCAACUGCUGAAACGACAGUUGUAGAAACAACUGCCAAGUCUGAAACGACAGUUCAGACAACUGUAGAAACAUUGGCUCCCACAUCACCAGUUGUAGAAGCAACAAGUGCAAAGGCAACUACUGCUCAGGCAACAACAGCAGUGACAGUCCCUGCCGAAGCAACAGCUGUAGCCACAGCAGAAGACUCUACAACUCUUGCUGAAACAACUGCAGGAAUAUCAGCUGGCACAACAACAUCAAUAUUGCCGUCAUCUGCAGCAACUAGUGAAACAGAAACACCAACUGUGGUGUCAAAUGGGGCAACAACUGCUGAAACGACAGUUGUAGACACCACUGCAGAAUCAGAAACAGCAGUUGAGACAACUGUUGUAACAUCUGCUCCAACAACAACAGCAGUGCUGGCAACAUCUGCCACGACACGUGCGUCGGCGACCACUGCUGAGGUAACAACUGCAGAGAUAACCCCUGCUGAGAAAACAACUGUAGCCACAACUGCAGAAUCAGAAACAACAGCUCAGAAAACUGUAGAAACGCCAGCUCCCACGACAUCUGCAGCAUCAACUGCAAAAGCAACAACUGCUCAAGAAGCAACUGCAGUGACAACCCCUGCUGAAGCAACAGCUGUAGCCACAGCAGAAGACUCUACAACUCUAGCUGAAACAACUGCAGGAAUAUCAGCUGGCACAACUACAUCAAUAUUGGAGUCAUCUGCAGCACCGAGUGAAACAGCAACACCUGCUGAGGCAUCAACUGGUGCAAUGACAGUUGUAGAAACAACUGCCAAGUCUGAAACGACAGUUCAGACAACUGUAGAAACAUUGGCUCCCACAUCACCAGUUGUAGAAGCAACAAGUGCAAAGGCAACCACUGCUCAGGCAACAACUGCAGUGACAAUCCCUGCUGAAACCACAUUUGGAGCCACAACCCCAGAAUCAGAAACAGUCCACAUAACUGUAGAAACGUCAGCUCCAACAACAUUUGUAGCAUCAACAGCAACAACUGCUCAGGCAACAACUGCAGUGACAACCCCUGCUGAAGCAACAGCUGCAGCCACAGCAGAAGCCUCUACAAAUCUUGCUGAAACAACUGCAGGAAUAUCAGCUGGCACAACAACAUCAAUAUUGGAGUCAUCUGCAGCAACGAGUGAAACAGCAACACCUGCUGUGGCAUCAACUGGUGCAACUGCUGAAACGACAGUUGUAGAAACAACUGCCAAGUCUGAAACGACAGUUCAGACAACUGUAGAAACAUUGGCUCCCACAUCACCAGUUGUAGAAGCAACAAGUGCAAAGGCAACCACUGCUCAGGCAACAACUGCAGUGACAAUCCCUGCUGAAACCACAUUUGGAGCCACAACCCCAGAAUCAGAAACAGUCCACAUAACUGUAGAAACGUCAGCUCCAACAACAUUUGUAGCAUCAACAGCAACAACUGCAGUGACAACCCCUGCUGAAGCAACAGCUGUAGCCACAGCAGAAGACUCUACAACUCUUGCUGGAACAACUGCAGGAAUAUCAGCUGGCACAACAACAUCAAUAUUGGCGUCAUCUGCAGCAACUAGUGAAACAGAAACAACUACUGUGGUGUCAACUGGGGCAACAACUGCUGAAACGACAGCUGUAGACACAACUGCAGAAUCAGAAACAGCAGUUGAGACAACUGUUGUAACAUCUGCUCCAACAACAACAGCAGUGCUGGCAACAUCUGCCACAACACGUGCGACGGCGACAACUGCUGAGGUAACAACUGCAGAGACAACCCCUGCUGAGACAACAACUGUAGCCACAACUGCAGGAUCAGAAACAACAGCUCAGAAAACUGUAGAAACAACAGCUCCCAUGACAUUUGUAGUGUCAAGUGCAACAGCCACAUUUGCUCAGGCAACAACUGCAGUGACAACCCCUGCUGAAACAACAAGUGUAACCAGUGCAGCAAACUCGACAACACUUGCUGAAACAAUGGCAGGAACAUCAGCAGGCACAACAACAUCAGUACUGACAUCAUCUACAGCACCUAGUGACACAGCAACCCCUGCUGGGGCGUCAACUGGGGCAACAACUGCUGAAACGACAGUUGGAGACACAAAUGCAGAAUCAGAAACAGCAGUUCAGACAACUGUUGUAACAUCUGCUCCAACAACAACAGCAGUGCUGUCAAUAUCUGCAGCAACAAGUACAACAGCAAAAAGUGCAGUCACAAUCCCUGGGGAAACAACAGCUGGAGCCACAACUGCAGAAUCAAAAAACACAGCUCAGCCAGCUGUGGAAAUAUCAGCUCCCACAACUACAGUAGCGUUGACAUCUGCAGCAACUAGUGAAACAUUAAUGCCUGCUGGGGCGGUAACUGGGGAAGCAACUGCUGAAACAACUGCAGCAUCCAUAACCACAGAAUCAGAAACAACAUUUGGGACAGCUAUCGAAACAUCUGUUUCGUCUGUGCCAACAAGUGGAGCAUCACCGCCCACAACAGCAGUUGUUCCUUCUGGAACAACAACGCAAUCAAUCCAAACAACAGCAACUGCAUUUACGUCAACUGCAGAAAGAGCAACAGUGACACAGACGAUAACAACAACACCAACUGCAGAAAUGACGGGAUCUCCAGCACAAGCGUCAACUGCAGGAACAGUAAAUACCGCCACAGGAAAUGCAGCCACAAGUGCUGCGACAAAUCCUGUGACAAAUGCUUUGACAGGAAAUGCAGCCACAAAUUUUGUGACAAAUGCCUUGACAGGAAAUGCAGCCACAAAUUUUGUGACAAAUGCCUUGACAGGAAAUGCGGCGACAAAUUUUGUGACAAAUGCCGCGACAAAUUUUGUGACAAAUGCCGCGACAGGAAAUGCGGUGACAAAUUCUGUGACAAAUGCUGUGACGGGAAAUGCAGCAACAAAUUCUGUGACAAAUGGCGCGACAGGAAAUGCAGCAACAAAUUCGGUGACAAAUGGCGCGACAGGAAAUGCAGCAACAAAUUCUGUGACAAAUGGUGCGACAGGAAAUGCAGCAACAAAUUCUGUGACAAAUUCCGCGACAGGAAAUGCAGCAACAAAUUCUGUGACAAAUGGCGCGACAGGAAAUGCAGCCACAAAUUUUGCGUCAAAUGCCGCGACAGUAAGUGCGGUGGCAAAUUCUGUGACAAAUGCCUUGACAGGAAAUGCAGCCACAAAUUUUGUGACAAAUGCCGCGACAGGAAAUGCAGCGACAAAUUUUGCGACAAAUGGUGUGACAGGAAAUGCAGCGACAAAUUCAGUGACAAAUGCUGCAACUGGAAAUGAUGGAACAAAUGCUGUCACAGAAAACAGCGUGACAAAUGCAGUGUCAGGAAAUGGCGCGACAAAUGCCGCAACAGCAAAUGCUGCGACAAAUGCUGCAACAGGAAAUGCCGGGACAAAUGCAAUGACAGGAAAUGCCGCAACAGGAAAUGCACCGACAAAUGCAGCAACAGGAAAUGCCGGGACAAACGCAAUGACAGGAAAUGCCGCAACAAAUGCGGCGACGGCAAAUGCUGCCACAAAUGCAGCGACGGGAAAUGCCGCAACAAAUGCGGUGACAGCAAAUGCUGCAACGAAUGCAGCGACAGGAAAUGCCGCAACAGGAAAUGCCGGGACAAAUGCAGCAACAGCAAAUGCAGCAACAGCAAAUGUUGUGACAAAUGCUGCAACAGGAAAUGCCGGGACAAAUGCAAUGACAGGAAAUGCCGCAACAGGAAAUGCCCCGACAAAUGCAGCAACAGGAAAUGCCGGGACAAAUGCAGUGACAGGAAAUGCUGCAACAGGAAAUGCCCCGACAAAUGCAGCAACAGGAAAUGCCGGGACAAAUGCAAUGACAGGAAAUGCCGCAACAGGAAAUGCUCCGACAAAUGCUGCAACAGGAAAUGCCGCAACAAAUGCGGCGACGGCAAAUGCUCUCACAAAUGCAGCGACGGGAAAUGUCGCAACAAAUGUGGCAACAUUAAAUGCUGCAACGAAUGCAGCGACAGGAAAUGCCACAACAGAAAAUGCCCCGACAAAUGCAGCAACAGCAAAUGCUGCGACAAAUGCUGCAACAGGAAAUGCCGGGACAAAUGCAAUGACAGGAAAUGCCGCAACAAAUGCGGCGACGGCAAAUGCUGCCACAAAUGCGGCGACAGCAAAUGCUGCAACGAAUGCAGCGACAGGAAAUGCCGCAACAGGAAAUGCCCCGACAAAUGCAGCAACAGCAAAUGCAGCAACAGCAAAUGCUGUGACAAAUGCUGCAACAGGAAAUGCCAGGACAAAUGCAAUGACAGGAAAUGCCGCAACAGGAAAUGCCCCGACAAAUGCAGCAACAGCAAAUGCUGCGACAAAUGCCCCAACAGGAAAUGCCCCGACAAAUGCCGCAACAGGAAAUGCCCCGACAAAUGCGGCGACAGCAAAUGCUGCAACGAAUGCAGCGACAGGAAAUCCCGCAACAGGAAAUGCCCCGACAAAUGCGGCGACAGCAAAUGCUGCAACGAAUGCAGCGACAGGAAAUGCCGCAACAGGAAAUGCCCCGACAAAUGCGGCGACAGCAAAUGCUGCAACGAAUGCAGCGACAGGAAAGGCCGCAACAGGAAAUGCCUCGACAAAUGCAGCAACAGGAAAUGCCGCAACAAAUGCAGCGACAGCGAAUGCUGCAACAAAUGCAGCGACAGGAAUUGUCGCAACAACCGUGCCGGGAGCAACACAAGUCGCAACUAGGACGAUGGCAGCUGCCGUGACUGUAAUAACCAGACGAGUUUCUUUCCGAUCGCUUCAAAGCACGUUUACGAACGACCUGCUGAAUCAGUCCUCUCCCCAGUUCAAGUUUCGAGCUACCAUGAUAAAAAGUCAGCUUCAACCUUUAUUCCAAAGGGAAUUUCCUACCAUCUUCAGGAUCCUGAUUAUCAUUGGAUUCAGACCCGGCUCGGUCAUCAACGACAUGGAUCUCCAGUUCACCAACACGGCGCCAAACAACACGGCGAUCGCCGCCGUCCUGACUGACGCCGCCUCGGUCGUCAGCGGCUUUGACAUCGAGCAAAGCUCCAUCACCAUCGAAGGAAUCGUUUCGGGCGGAGCGAGCCACAAGAUCGGCCUGGUCAGCGCAUCCUGUCUGGUGGUUCUUUCGUGGAUCCUGUCGAGUCAGCAAUAAGCGCCACGACUUAUUUAUUCACCUCAAGACUGCUCGCGAUUUUAUUUAAUUUCUUUUUCAAUGCAACAAUUGCAUCAAUGACUGAAUGACUUUUGGGGGGGGAGGGGAAAUUCAGCCCCGAACGCCAUUAUCACUUAGCAAUUAGCAAUGUGGUAGGCGUGGCUACACACAGGAAGUCAGACAUUGUGGUUCGCCGCGGCCAUUUUAGGCACAUUUUGGCCAUUUCCAUUCGGCCUUCAAAAACAAACUUGAACUCAGCAACACAAAGCCACAACCGUAUCAAAUGUCCUCUUCAACAUGAGUGACGGAGAUUUAUUGACGCCCCCCUACUGGCAGAAAUGCAUCAAUGCAAUGACCCUUCUCCUAAUGCUCCUUGAAACUUACAGCUUUGAUUAUUAUUUAAUUCUAACACGGGUUUUUAGACCAAAUAUGCACUUUCAGAGGUAUUUUUUGUGUUUAUUAAAUUCUCAUUUUAAUAUAGUCUAUUUAAAACGUGGUUCUUAUUUAUCUACUCAGGACAAUGCAAUGUUUAUGUACUUGAUGUAUGUGUCAAAUGCAGUGAGACCCAAUUAAAAAAACACAUUUUUAAAAUGGCGUUUUUAAGUUUGGGUGAUGGUUAUUUGAAGGUUCUGACGAGUUGUGUGUGGCAUAUGGAAAGCACGCCCGCGAUGACAUUUC